CCCUUCCUUGGUUUCACCGGCGCUGUGACAGUGUUCCGUUGAACUCUCCACAGACAAGGCACUGCAGUUCAGCGACUCUUUUCUUGCUUGCUCGCAACUUCACUCUCUCCAUCCUCGGCCCUUGUAUUGUUCGACUUGGCAGCGGUGAAGUCAGCAUGACGUCAUCUAGAUAUGCGAUAGCCUGGCAAGGUGAAACAGAGUUUUGGUGAGUGGUUUUCUCCACGGCCUGCGUUGCCUACAGAGAGAGAGAGGCGCGGAGCUGCAAAACAUGGUAAUCAUCACCGCCACCACCUCAAGCUCUGCCGCGCACUCUCCUAUUUCUACCCCUCUGCACCGGGGCUCUCGUUUCAUACCCAGAGUUCAGACUUGCGUUCCAAAAAUAAUCCACUGCCAGCAUGCCGAAGGAAGAAAAACAAGAAGAGUGGUAUUUUUAGGGCCAUUAAUUUUGACCACGUGCCCCGAAGGUAAACCGGAAGGCCAUUGCGCAAAGGCUCCUCAUCAGUAUGUCCUACGAGGCCAGCACGCACUGGACGUUGACUGCGAUUGUUCUCUUGGGGUACCUAGUCGGGAUUGUGUCAUCAUAUCCUAUUCCAAGCAGGACAAAUGCAACUUUAUUGGAGAAAAGAUGGGAGACCCUCUUCUCCCGCUCCAUUCUGGGCAUCUCGGGGGAGAGAUCGGACCUGAACUGGGAGAGUGACUAUUUGCUAGGUAUCAAAAGAGUGCGGAGGCUCUACUGCAACGUGGGCAUCGGGUUUCACCUCCAGGUCCUCCCAGACGGCAGGAUAAAUGGUGUACAUAAUGAAAACCAGUACAGUCUAUUAGAGAUCUCAACGGUAGAGCGAGGAGUGGUUAGCUUGUAUGGUGUGAAAAGUGAGCUGUUUGUCGCAAUGAAUGGCCGAGGAAGGUUAUACGGAACGACAGUCUUCCAUGAUGAGUGCAAGUUCAGAGAGAGCAUGCUUCCAAACAACUACAACGCCUAUGAGUCUUCCGUUUACAGAGGCUCCUACAUUGCUCUCAGCAAGCAUGGCCGUCUGAAGAGAGGCAAAAAGGCCACCACUGCCAUGACUGUGACACACUUCCUCCCCCGAAUAUGAGCAAAACUGGCAGGCAAUAGCUCACUUAUUUGCACAUGUGGAUUGUUGUCCAGGUAACAUUAUACUGUAUACACCAAUACAAAUGGACUGAAAAAGAAAGAAAUACCACUAUAUGAUAGUAUUUAUUCAGUCUUUAUAUGUAUAUUUCGGUAGCUUACUUUGUAUUAGAACUUACAGAUAUGCCAUUAAUUGCUGCUUAUUAUUUUAUCAGUAUUAUAUAAGGGGUGGAGAAGCUUCAUCUGUCCCCUUCACUUUGAAUGGGUGCUUGCCAUACAUAAAUGGUGGAGACCUUGCCCUGUCAGUAGAUGACAGCUCAUCUCAGCAUCUAGAAGUGAAAUGGAUACUUUUUUAUUACCUCAAAGCGCCAUUUCCUGAAUGAAAUAAUGUGUGCAUGAUAUUUCUACUGAGAAGAAUGCCUGUUUACUUUGAACUUUUGUCAUUAUCCAUCAAGAACUAAAAAUGUUCCAUCAUC